AGCUAUUUGGUUGUUAAUUAUCGCAUAAUUUUUGUUGUUUUCUCUAAAGAUUCAUUUCGUUUUAUCAACAAAACCCUCUGCUCUACUUCCACAUUUUCCACUCAAUUACUACAACCCAAUUCCUUAUUUCUCUUCUCUUCCAUUCUGUUAACUCUCUCAGGUGCUGGAACUGGAAAUUUAAGCCAUUUGGAAAUCUAGUAUUAUUGGUAAUAUUUAAAUUAACUUACCUUUUAGAUUUGAGUAUUACCAGUAUAAGAUUAAAAUGGCGACUUGUAUCACACCUUCUGAUAUCAGAACAAUUGGCGUUCUGACUGGUUUUGGAGGAAGAGUGUGUAUGGACAAUCACUUGGGAAGAGUUAAUUGUUUGAAAUUGUCUGAUAAUCGGAAUGGGUAUCUGGGUUGCAGCCAAAAAUCAAGUUUGUUUCAGUUUAAAUGUUCAGCAAGAUCGCAAAAUGUCAGUUCCUAUCACAGUAAAGACCCUUUUCUCAAUGUGCACCCGGAAGUUUCAAUGCUUAGAGGAGAGGGGAGCAAUACAAUUAGCAGCCCGCGAAAGGAUAAUUCAAGUGGAAAUGUCCCUGAGACCCUCGGAAACACAUCUAGUCCAAGUAAUUUUAAUGAAGCUAAGAUCAAAGUUAUUGGGGUUGGUGGUGGUGGAUCAAAUGCAGUUAAUCGCAUGAUAGAGAGUGCAAUGCAGGGUGUGGAGUUCUGGAUUGUCAACACUGAUGUCCAGGCCAUGAGGAUGUCACCUGUUUUUCCUGAGAAUCGUUUACAAAUUGGUCGGGAGUUAACUAGGGGUCUUGGAGCUGGUGGAAAUCCUGAGAUUGGCAUGAAUGCUGCCAAAGAAAGCAAAGAAUCUAUAGAAGAGGCACUUUAUGGUUCUGACAUGGUCUUUGUUACGGCAGGAAUGGGAGGAGGAACUGGUACUGGUGGGGCUCCUGUGAUUGCAGGAGUUGCAAAGUCAAUGGGUAUAUUGACUGUUGGUAUUGUCACAACCCCUUUUUCUUUUGAGGGAAGAAGAAGGGCAGUUCAAGCCCAAGAAGGAAUUGCAGCUCUCAGAGAUAAUGUUGACACACUGAUUGUCAUUCCAAAUGACAAGUUAUUAACUGCAGUCUCCCAAUCUACCCCGGUAACAGAGGCAUUUAAUUUGGCUGAUGAUAUUCUUCGACAAGGGGUUCGUGGUAUCUCGGAUAUAAUCACGAUUCCAGGGCUAGUAAAUGUGGAUUUUGCUGAUGUACGAGCUAUAAUGGCAAACGCAGGUUCUUCAUUGAUGGGAAUAGGAACUGCAACUGGGAAGACGAGAGCUAGAGAUGCUGCAUUAAAUGCCAUUCAAUCACCUUUACUAGAUAUUGGUAUAGAGAGGGCUACUGGAAUUGUUUGGAACAUUACUGGUGGAAGUGAUUUGACCUUGUUCGAGGUAAAUGCUGCAGCUGAGGUUAUAUAUGACCUUGUGGAUCCAACUGCAAAUUUGAUAUUUGGAGCAGUUAUAGAUCCAUCGCUUAGUGGUCAAGUAAGUAUAACUCUAAUUGCUACCGGUUUCAAACGCCAAGAAGAAAGUGAAGGGAGGCCUCUGCAGGCGAGUCAAUUAACACAGGGAGAUGUUGCCUUUGGAAUAAGUAGGCGGCCUUCCUCUUUUAUUGAAGGUGGUUCUGUGGAGAUCCCUGAGUUCCUGAAAAGGAAAGGGCGGUCACGCUAUCCAAGAGCUUGAAUCGUUAUGUUUCAUAUAUACAAAUCUUUGAUGGUCUGCCCUUAUUUUAUUUUAUUUAUUUUACAUACUACAAGUAGUUGUUUAUCUCUAAGAUAGCUUAUCCAGUUGUUUGCAGCAUAGCCUCUGGUGCUAGGAUCUUUGGUUAUAAUCGUCCCAAAUAUUUCAGUAAGUUAGAGAUUUAUCAAGUUAGAGCAUAGCCUCUGCUUUAUAUAACUAGCCACUGUAAAAAUCUCUUGUUAUAUUUGUCCCAUAUAUUUCAAUAAGUUUGAGAAAUUAUCAAGCUAGACCUUGUGGCAGCAGCAUAUUCGAAUAAGUAGCCAAGCUUGUAAAGAUGUAGCUGAGGAGGAGAUGGACCUCUGGUUGAAACAUUCAUAUUUGCACAUGAAUCUUCAAAGGGAAAUACUUUUUUGGAUUGUUCA